CAGACUGCAUGUGGUCAGACUCAGAAAUUGCAUAUAAAAAUAUUUAAAAACUGUAAAUAGUGCCAGAGUGGUGUUACAUGUAGGAAAUACCAAACCAUGAAGAAAUAAGCAUGUUUUUUGAGCCUUUGGGUGCGGUAACCGUUCUCCUCACUGACGUUAGCAGAUGUUAAAUGGCCUGGAAUGGUGGCUGAAAGGAGUCAGAGAUCGGAGUGCCCACUUAUUAAGGUAGCAAAAGACUGCCCUGAAGUAAAAUACUAAUUCUCAAAAUGGUGCAGUUUUCUACGUUGUUAUAUGUUAGCCUCAUUACGUCAGUAGCAGCACAGUUUUCUGUCUUGAUUACAGACAAAGAAGUAGUGGGAAAUGUUGGUGAUGAUCUGGUCAUUGGAUGUAACUUUACAAAAACUGGCUCAUUUAGAAGUAAUUUUCACAUCCACUGGUAUUACUUGAAAAAAGAUAAUAAAAGCACUGUUCAUGCUUACUAUGGUGGUGCGGACAGACUAGAGGACCAGGAUGUAGCCUACCAGGAUCGAACUCAGCUGUUCCACAGUGAAUUCCCAAAUGGUAAUGCUUCACUGAAGCUGUACAAACUAGAAACCUCUGACAGUGGAGUGUAUCAGUGCAUCGUAACGAAUGGGCAGGAACAAGCACAUGAUAACGGAAGCCUAAAAAUCCAUGAAGUGAAGACAAAUGAAUUUUCAGGAGGAGGAGUCCCUUUAUGGCUUAUAAUUGGUAUUAUUGCUGUCAUUCUAAUCAUCAUCUUUAGCAUAAUCAUCGCCUUCAACAUGAAAACUGGAGGAUUUUACUUGUAUCAAAGAUGGAGGAUUUUUAAAAUAAAAAGACGGAUUUCUAAUUAUCAUGGGAAAAGCAUAACAAUAAAAGUAAUUGGAAUGAAAAAGCAUGGGGGCCCAUCGCUGGUUAAUUCCUGUUAUUACGUUAAGUUUGAUUUACCACUGAGUGACUGGGCAGGAGCCGAAGCUGAUUCAUAUGUUAAGAAACCACUUACUUUAGAACUGAACUUAACAGACUUCAUAAAAAUUGAGAAAGAGGAGCCCAUGGACGAUGUACAGGAAGAUGGCACUUUCUGGAGUUCAAGGAAAUCGUAUUAUAUUGACAAGUGGAGAGAAAGCAAUGACCUGGUAUUCAUUUUUGUUAUCAGAAAUGACUACACAACCAAUGAUCAGACAGAGACAGAAAUACAAGCACUAUUUGAAGAUGUGAAAAACCUAACAGGCACUUUUCCUCUACCGGUAGUAACAAUGAAGUCUCUUGGAACCCCAAAGCAUAUGAAAUCUAUUUUGGAAAACCUUGGAUUUCAUCCUGUGUUCAACAUAGAUAAUUACACUCAGCAAAAUCCACAACGGAAUCCUAGAAAAGAUCUUACAUUCCUGGAGCUUCUUGAGGCCUGCAUAGAAAAAGAAAUGAAAUUAAAAGACUCUAAUGAAAAUAAGCAUGUCAGCUAGCUUAAAAGUACAGGUAAUCUCCCCAAACAGAAGCUACAGAACUGUGUGGAAAUAUAUGCUGGGGGACAUUUUAAUAGUUUACUUAUCUUAUAUUUAUAAACAAACUGCCUAUUGCUAUAUAUAUAUAUAUAUAUAUAUAUAUAUAUAUAUAUAUAUAUAUAUAU